AUGAGCAGCAGUGGGUCCCCACCUGCCCCCAUGCAGCUGUGCUAUGAGAACGUAAACGGAUCCUGUGUGAAAUCUCCCUACUCACCUGGACCCCGGGUGGUUCUAUACUCCGUGUUUGGCAGUGGGGCUGUGCUGGCCGUGUUUAGAAACUUCCUGGUGAUGACUUCAAUCCUUCAUUUCAAGCAGCUACAUUCUCCAACCAGUUUUCUCAUUGCCUCCCUGGCCUGCGCUGACUUUUUGGUGGGAGUGAUUGUGAUGCCCAUCAGCAUGGUCAGGUCCGUGGAGAGCUGCUGGUACUUUGGGGAGAGGUUUUGCACUUUCCACACGUGCUGCGAUGUGGCCUUUUGCUACUCUUCUCUCUUCCACUUGUGCUUCAUCGCCAUCGACAGGUACAUUGCUGUUACUGACCCUCUGGUCUAUCCUACCAAGUUCACAGUGUCCGUGUCAGGAAUAUGCAUCAGCCUCUCCUGGGUCCUGCCCAUGGUGUACAGUGGUGCUGUGUUCUUCACAGGUGGGAAUGACGAGGGGCUAAGUGCCCUCAACUGCAUAGAUGGUUGUCAGACUGUUGUAAAUCAAAACUGGGUGUUGAUAGAUUUUCUGUCCUUCUUUACUCCUACUCUUGUUAUGUUAAUUCUCUACAGUAAUAUUUUUCUAGUGGCCAGACAACAGGCUAAAAAGAUUGAAACUACUAGUAGCAAAACAGAGUCAUCAUCAGAGAAUUACAAAGCCAGAGUGGCCAAGAGAGAGAGAAAAGCAUCUAAGACCCUGGGUAUCACUGUAAUAACAUUCAUGAUUUCAUGGUUACCAUACAGUAUUGAUUCACUGAUUGAUGCUUAUAUGGGCUUCAUAACUCCUGCCUAUAUUUAUGAGAUUUGCUGUUGGUGUGCUUAUUAUAACUCAGCCAUGAACCCUUCGAUUUAUGCUCUCUUUUACCCUUGGUUUAGGAAAGCUGUAAAACUGAUUGAGGGUCGAGUUUUAAAGGACCAUUCAGCAACUAUGAACUUAUUUUGUGAACAAAUGUAA